AUGAUCUCGCCUUUCAAUGUGAAAGCUCCGUUGUCCAUGAGAUUAACUUCCAUACAGUACUUGCUCCGUCGAGCAGUACACUGCCGAGCGUAUUCCUCGCUCUCAGAGCGCCUGCACCAUGACCUCACCACGCGGAAGCUCCCAUUGACCUUCGACUACCUACAUCCUCAGCCAUCUCACCUUUUGAAUCUCUCGCUUGACGGUCUUCUUCCAGAGUCAUCCGGCACUCGCAGUGCAUCAUCAAUUCUUCCUUCAAUCAAAAACCCAUCCCCGUUGCCAUUUGGUCACCACUUGAUCUAUUUCCCGCCCCAAGUGACUCUGUCGCAACUAGUCCCAGAUGGCUGCGACGUCCUUCAUACACCAGGCGAUCCUUUCAAUCGCCGCAUGUGGGCAGGUGGUAAUGUGCAAUUCCCAACUGAAGGACCGCUGCUGGAUGGCAGCCGGGCUGUGUGUAUUGAAUCUAUCCGCAACGUGACCGUCAAGGGACGCGAGGGAGACGAGAAAGUGAUUGUCACGAUUGAGCGACGGGUUGGUACCGUGCCAGAAGGGGAACCAGAAGAGGAAACCUGGAACCGAAUCUGGCAGGAGAAUGAGGCGGAUUUGGGAAGCUCGUCGCUGAUAGAGAAUCGAGAUCUCAUAUUCAUGCGGGCCAAGACGGCGGAACAAGUUGCCUUAGACCGAGAGCAAUUUUCAUCCCCGACUCGCUUUGUCAAGUCCCCGUCCGAUGCGGUAUUCCGCCAUUCGAUAUUACCCACCAAGGCAUUACUCUUCCGCUUCUCGGCGCUGACAAUGAAUGCGCAUUCAAUACAUUUGGACAAAGAUUAUACACAGAACCAGGAAGGGUUCCGAAACCUUUUGGUUCAUGGUCCUUUGACCUUAACACUGCUUCUGAGUGUGUUGCAAAGCCACCUUCAGAGCCUGAACCUUCGGGUUGGUCAUAUCGAAUACAAGAAUCUUGCGCCUCUGUAUGUAGAAGAGGAACUGACAAUCUGUGGCAAGCCUAAGAAUGACGGUGCUUGGGAUGUCUGGAUCGAGGGUCCUGGUGGCAGUCUGGCUGUUCGAGGUACUUCCAGCACUUGUCCAGCCUAG